UGGAAAAUACUCGGCUGUUACACUCCGAGCUCUGCGAAUUGUUAAAAAUGUUUACUCUUGGUUACGGUCCGCUGCUUUUGGGAUUCUACGCUGCCAGCUAUAUCCAUUUACUAAUCGGGGCUUAUAUUAUUGUCAACAGUGAAAUAUCUUAUAGCUUUCAUUCGACCAUCAAUUUUUGGGAACAAUUAUUACCGGUUAUAAUGAGCGCACAAAUUGUGAUGUUUUUGAUGUCUAUUAUCAUUUUUGUUUCGUUCAUUAAUGAGAAGAGAAUUAAGAUGAUAUCAUAUCUACGGUUGUACCGAAUUUCAAAUUUACAUUUGGACAUAAAAAGACAAAUCAAAAUGUUUAUGAAUCAAAUAUUGGUAUGUGAUUCGGACCAAGUAUCGGCAUUUGGACUUUUCGAUAUCAAUUUAAAUCUCGUAACAACACUACUCGUAUUAUUGAUUAGUGGAAUAAUCACAUUGAUACAGAUGAAAAAUCAUCCAUUGUUGGAAAAAUUAAAAAAUGACACUAAAUCCUACUUAUCAAAAAGAUUUAAAAAAAAUAUUAAGCAAUAG